AUGUCGCUGCAGAUAGCUGUAGCCCAUACAGGCCAGCGCCUCGACGCUGAUCCUGUCGCAUUUAGCUCCGUAGAUGCGCUCAAGCACUGGAUCGCGAGAGCUUUUGAGAUACCGCCCGAGUCACAGAUAUUGCUGACUCCAGGCGGCAAACAUGUCAAGGUGCAAGCGCUACUGACGGAGAAAGAGAUAUUUGUAUACAGUCGCGAGUUGUCCAGCAACCCUAAGGCUGCCGUAUCGUCCACACCGCUUCCAGAUGUCUUCACGCCCGAUGACCCUCCAAAUACGCUCUCGAACAACACCGACCUCGGAGCAUGGCAGACGCUCUUUCAAGCCCGCCGCGACUGGGCCUUUGACGUCCUCGAGAAGUCGCACUCCAUGUCACGCAUCGCGACCAAGUACUUCGCUGAGCAGGCAACGAUAGCAAAGGGCACGCAGAUUGCAGUCGGAAACCAUGACUCGCACAUCCAGGGACUGGAUGCCAAGUACAAGGCCGCCAAAGAGUGGUUUGAUGGGGUCGAGAAGGAGGCAGGAGACAAUCUGCGGAGACUUGAUGCGGAUUUUGGUCAGCUGGGAGGCAUACCAGCAAAGGUCGAGUUUGCGCAGUUUCUGGCAAAGGAGAUGCGCUCGGCAGAAGCAGCCCAAAAUGCUCGCAAGAGUGCUCUAUCUAGGACUGCAUCUUUACAAGAAUUUCUGGAUAUAGAUGCGGUGAAGAGGGCGACAGGCACCAGCAAGCGCGUGAGGGAGGCAAUAAGGAAGCGCAUGGCAGUCAUGAACACACAGCUAGAGAAGAUUGGCGCCGAUUACCAGGAGUUGCUAGGUGCGGUUGGUCAAAGUCAAAGUCGAUCGCUGGUGGACGACUCGGAGGAGCCUUUGCGCCUGUACAAUGAGAUCGACGCGGUCGCUAAGAAAGUUGAGUCCGACUUUGAGCAUGUCAUGGGACUUGAGGCGAGCUCGAAGUCGGUUGCCCAAGUCUCGAAAAUGGCACUCCUGCACACACGGAAUUUCUUGCCUGCGAUCAAAGAGUAUAGCGUGGAGAUGAGCGAUUUACUUCGGAGGUCGGUAGAGCAGAAGGACUUCGCCAUUCGGAACUCAGUCGAGAGCAUGCAGGGUAUCACCAACAUCGAAUCCGUCAUCACGAGUAUAAAUGCGGAGCUCGACGCUUUCGGCAUUCCAGACGAGGGCGUUGCCGCUUUCGAACUCAUCUCGCUAGUCGGACGAUUGCCUUACGUCUAUGGUACUCUGCUUAUUGAAGCCGUGCGCCGACGCGAGUGGACAGAGCGACUACAGAAAGACACCUCAUCACUUGCUGAAGAGAUGGCAACGUUUCAGGAAGAGGAGGAGCGACGGCGGAAAAAAUGGCUGAAGCCUAUUGCAGAAGUUGUCAACCUAGAAGCAGUACAGGGAGGAAUUGUUGGCUUUGAGAUGAACGUACAACCUGAGAAGAACAUUUGGCCAGUGGUAAACCGUGACGAUCUCGUUGAGUAUCACCAGAUAUUACAAGGGUUAGAAGGCCAGAGCACAGAAGCCGAAGCACUUGGACAUGCCAUCAAAGAUCUUGAUCGUCCGACGAAGCAACAAAUCAAGCGCGCCAAGAAUUUCAAAAUGGGCAGCGUUCAUGAGCCUGCCUUUGGCAAGGCUUCUGCGCUUAUGGUCCGAGGCGACGACGAACUGCGGGUGAUCAAGGAGGCUAAUUUGAAGCUUGAGGAUGAGCUCAGAGGUUCCAAGAGUAGGGGUCAGGAUGACAAGCGCCGUGUUGUCCGUCUUGAACAAGAACUAGCAGCUGAAAAAGAGGCUCGAGCCAAUCUUGAAAAGCAAGCCCAGGCGCGCAGAGAUGAAGAUGCAGAGUCACAGCGACGUUUUGAAGAGGCUAUGUCAACCAAGAACAACAUCAUGGAGAACAUGAAGGCUCAGCAACGGGAGUUUGCAGACGAGCGGAGAUCUCUCGAGAGCGAAAUCCAGGCUUACAAGACGAAAAUUGAAGAGGCCGAAGAUGAGCUUGACCGUGUGCUCGGCAGCAGAGAUCAUGAACGUACAGGAGUUGACGCACGUGUUCAGGAGCUUGCAUCCGAACUAGAAAAAGCUCGUAAUGAAGCUGCAGAGCACAGCAGAGAUGCCGAGACGCGGGUUGCAUCUUUGCAAUCCGAGUUGGACAAGCGCACCCAAGCGCAGACACAGCACAUGGAAUCCCUUGCCACGGUCCUUACGCAAUUAGCCCCUGGCGAGAGCAUCCCUGAGGAGCAUGCUGCACUUGUGAGCCGGCUCGAGGAUCUUGCUGCGAGAUCUUUCAGCCACCAGAAGGAGCUGGAACAGGCAGUCGCAAUAGCCAAAUCUGAGAACGACAACACCCGCACGCAAAUGGAAGAGCAAGAGAACAAGCUCAAAUCUCGUACCACGGAUCACGAAAAGGAGAUUGCAGCUGUUCGUGAACAGCUCGAAACUGAACAAGCGAAGUUCGUCUCUAUCAGUUCGGAGCUCGAAGAUGAACGACGCCAACUUCACGACAUCCGCGCCAAAUUUGCCGAAGGCGAGACUGGUUCUGAAGAGUUGCGCAAGCGUGUUGAAGAGGAAGAAGCAAAGGUUGGCCGUCUCAGGAUCGAACUGGCAGAGAAGAAUUCACACAUUAAUGGUCUUGACAUUGAGCUUAUGCGCCUUGAGAAGAAGGUACUGAAGUACGAAGAGCUCGAUUCAUCUCGCACGCAUCAACGGGUUGCUCGCGCAAGGGACCUCAGUCAGCGGCUAUACACGCAGCAUGAGCGUCUCGUCCGCUUGCUUGAGGCACUUGGCUUUGUGAUCAUCCAAGAGAAUGGGGAGAUGGUACUACAACGAGCAUCUAAGCUCGGCAACAGUACUGUCAUGUCAGACACGAAUGCUGGACUAAGCCGAAGCACGACCACGCCUUCACCGACACCAUUGAAGCGAUUCCUUGAUGAUAUUGGAGACCUCUCUUUCCUACAAUGGACCGAGUCUGCAAGUCCAGAGGAGGAAGAUCGGCGAUACCAGGAGCUCAUUGACAAGCUGGACAUGUUCAACCUCGAGACCUUCAGUGAUGCGGUUGCAAAACGCAUGCGUGAUAUGGAGCAUACUGCUCGGAAGUGGCAGAAAGAAGCUCGUGCUUACCGCGACAAGUCUCAUCGUUUCCAGGCGGACGCUCACGAUAAGAUUGCAUACCGCUCAUUCAAAGAGGGUGAUCUUGCACUUUUCUUGCCUACCCGCAACAACGCUCAUCGUCCUUGGGCAGCAUUCAAUGUCGGAGCACCGCACUUCUUCCUUCGCGAGCAAGACUCGCAUCGUCUACAUGGUAAAGAAUGGCUUGUCGCACGCAUUUCUAAGGUAGAAGAGCGUGUGGUAGACCUAUCCAAGACCCUCGAAAGCGGUCCACGUGCAUCUCCUGACGGACGAUCAAUUGCCUCUAGCAAUGCUGUUUCAUUUGAGGAUGACAACCCGUUCGAGCUUUCGGACGGCCUACGCUGGUACUUGCUUGACGCCACCGAGGAAAAACCUAUGGCACCGGGUACACCAGGCAUCAAGGGUGCAGUCACGGUCAAGAGCAGUCUUGAAACCGGUCAAGGCGAAAUGCAACGUGCCAAGAAGAAAUCUUCAAUGGAUCCUGCAACCCAACUCGGUAAAUCACUCGACAGCCGUCGCAGCAGCGGCAAUAGCAAGAAGAGCGUGCCAGUUGUAGGUGGCAAACCCUCGGCCGAAGUCCUAUCACCCAGCGAAAACGCAGAUUCGAAUCCCAACUCCAACACAGCGACACGCGGUGCAAGUCCGGCUGGCGCACAUGGACCAAGUCACCUCCGAGAAACCGAGACAAGCAACAACAACGGAAAUGAAACGGUGGCAGCCAGGAUGGUAGAAGACCAAGAAGGACUAAACUCUGUGUCAACAAGGCUGACGUACGUCCCAGGCUCAUCGUCCCAAUCUCAGUCGCCAACAUACGCCACAGAAGCCUGGGCCGUCGAAUAG